AGAAUUUUGCACGAGUGUGUGCCAGUGUUGCGAUUUCUUGGAAGUGUUUUAUGUAAUUUUCUCAGGCAGACUUGACUCCCUCGUUGCCAGUCAGUAAUCGCAGGCAAAUCCCCACGUUCUGGUGCAUUUCCACAGUUUGAGUGCUGCUCCGCUGAGUGUGUGAAAAUCAGAGUGAAAAGUGUGGAAUUUUCGGGGUCUUGCGUCAUCCGCUGAAGAAAUUGCCAAUUUUACACGCUUUCCGCGCUGCCCCGGGGCAUGAGCCUGUAGAGAACCGCGUGCAAACACGGCCGAGGCAGCGAGAAUGGAAGGGACGUUCCAGGACGACGCCACGGAUCCCAUCCGUGUGCUCUAGCGCCGAGGGAAAGUGCUGAGCAGCGCUGCUUUGCGGCCAUCCGGAAGCGCCUUCUGCGAUUCCCACACGUGCGCCCAGGUGUUGAUCCGUUGGACACUUCCGCGCUGGAUGAUCCAGGACAAUCAUGGCAACCAUGAAGAACGGCUCCACGAAGAAGCUGAACCUCCUCUCGCUGGUCAAGUACGAGCACCUCGUGGCCGGGAUCUCGGGCGGAGUCACCUCGACACUCAUCUUGCACCCUCUCGACCUGAUCAAGAUCAGAUUUGCAGUGAACGAUGGUCGUCAGGCAACCAUUCCUCAGUAUCGCAGCCUUUCGGGGGCUUUUUCGACAAUCUUCCGCCAGGAGGGCUUCAGAGGCUUGUACAAGGGCGUGACGCCCAAUAUUUGGGGCUCUGGCAGCGCCUGGGGCUUCUAUUUUCUUUUCUACAACACAAUAAAGACAUGGAUUCAGGGUGGAAAUACGCACAUCGCUUUGGGGCCAACAAUGCACAUGAUUGCAGCGGCAGAAGCUGGCAUUUUGACGCUCGCAAUGACCAAUCCGAUCUGGGUGGUGAAGACACGCCUCUGUCUCCAAUAUUCCAAUGAGUUCAGUGGGUCGAGUGACAGUACAAAUUACCGGGGAAUGAUUGACGCUCUGAAGAAGAUCUACCGAGCUGAGGGAAUCCGCGGAUUCUACAGAGGUUUCGUGCCCGGAAUAUUCGGAGUGUCACACGGAGCUCUUCAGUUUAUGACUUAUGAGGAGAUGAAGAAUCGCUACAAUCAAUAUCGACGAUUGCCCAUUGAUCAGAAGCUGACGACCGCAGAGUACUUGACGUUCGCUGCGAUAUCGAAGCUGAUCGCCGCCGCGGCGACGUAUCCCUAUCAGGUGAUCAGGGCGCGUCUGCAGGAUCAUCAUCUUCACUAUGAGGGUACUUGGGACUGUGUUAAGCAAACUUGGAGGUUUGAGAAGUGGCGCGGCUUUUACAAGGGCCUCGGACCAAAUCUCACCAGAGUCGUUCCAGCGACCAUGAUUACAUUUGCCACCUACGAAAAUCUCUAUCACUACAUGCGAGACAAUAAGACAUAAUCACUUGUGAUCAACCAGUGCCAGCCAGCCAGAGAGCUUUGACAAGAACACUAAUCAUCACACACCAAAGCCAUAGUCGAGAACUGAGUUACCAAAGCCCAGGAAUUUAAAGAGGUUUCUCACAAUGCAGAAAUCCGCAUUUUGUUAGACGUUGUAGUUGAAUAAAUAUAGGAUGUUUUCUUGAAAA